AUGACCCCUGCUCACUUUGCUUUUUCAUCCGCCUUUAUCCUGGGCCUAACCGGUCUGGCAUUUCACCGUACCCACCUUCUUUCCGCCCUUCUGUGCUUAGAGGGGAUGAUACUUUCCUUGUUUAUUGCUCUGUCCCUGUGAACCCUACAGCUAGACUCUACAAACUUCUCAGCAGCCCCCAUGCUUCUACUAGCAUUCUCAGCCUGUGAAGCAAGCGCAGGACUUGCCCUCCUGGUAGCAACUGCCCGGACCCACGGGACCGACCGACUUCAGAGCCUCAACCUCUUACAAUGCUAA